AUGGGCGGGUAUCUUUUCAAGGAGGGCGAAGAACUCAAGUGGCUGGUCCUCGAUCCUGGCCGGGACGUGCCGGUGCCCUCGUGGCGCGCUCGGAUGAUAUCCUUGCUCAUCGAGCGCAGGUUCAUCCAAGGGCUGGAUUCCGAGGAGGAAAUCGAGGAUCGAAGCAAGGGGGACGCGCUAGCCAAGACAUUUGUUCUGGUUCAAGUGCUGUGGUUCAUUGUUCAAUGCAUCGCCCGGUACUCUCAGAACUUAGCGAUGACUGAACUUGAGCUUACGACUCUUGCUUAUGCCAUCUUGAAUAGUGCGAUGUACCUAUGCUGGUGGAGCAAACCUCUGGAUGUACAAUUCCCCAUCGUCAUAUCAGAGCACACCGAGAGCUGCGUAACUUGUUCAUGCUCGAAUGGAGCCGCCCAACCACCACGCCAAGUCGACACCGACACUAUGGUCGUCUUGAGUCAUUCGGAACUCAGGCAUAUUCGAGACCCCCGAGAGGAGUGGAAGAGACCUACUGAUACCCAUCGCCACCGCCGGCUAGUACGUGUCACUAUACGUCUUUGGCGGGAAGUUCGUACCUUUUUCGCCUGGUGCUGUCUGGAAAGCACAUGGGGAGUUAAAGUCAACCUGUCGAACUGGCCCCCAGGACUGAGGCACCUGAUCCUCGCCUUCCUGUAUUGCAUCGACACCGUGACAAAAGGCGUCUGGGACGUUCUGGAAGAGGUCACAGUAACCGACCCAAAGUUCAGCGUCAACAGGACCGAGGCCUACCCAACUUUUCACGCGUACGUUAACUGGGAGCUUCAACCCUCCACUGUCAUGCUAGACUCCGGUGUACCUGUACUCGCAGUGGCCGUCUUAUUCGGGGUCAACUGCUUUGGCGCAUUUUUGCGCUCUGCAUUACCCUCUCACCCCUGGUGA